GGCGCUCCAGUCCCCAAUGGUAUCUGCGCAGAAUCUCAUUCGCAAACUCCUUCAGAUUUUCAACUGGAAACUUAAGCCUCUGGCACGUUUGGAUUUCUUACCAGUUUACAGGCUUGUGACCCCUGUCUACAUUCCUCACAAUGAAAGGGGGAAGUUUGGAAGUAUUGCUAGAGCAUGGGUUUGGUGCUUUUAAUCAGGUCAAAGAGCAAAGUUAAAUCUGGUGCUGAAGAGGAUGAAUGUUGGCUUGUUGGGCCCAGGGAUACCCCAUGGAGUAGCCUUCUAACACCUGUGCCCACAAUUCAGCUGGAGAGUAUUGAUUUGUGUGAGAGGCCUAACAUUCAUUCUGCUUGUAUUUGCUGGAAUAUUGUUAUUAGCGCUCAGUUAUAAGACCUCCAUUUCCUGCAACAUAAUAAGCAGCACAGAUCUACUGGAUAUGGUGAUACAAAUUGGACUUCAUUGAAAUGUCAGUGAAAGUGCAAGGAGGUUACAGGAUAAUGUAAUGGUGUAAACAAAAGGAAUUCCUUGGAUUACUGUGCUGGAUUUCUGUGCCUUCAGGGAUAGGUGCUGUUGGAUUAUACUAGUGUUUCAAUUAUGAAAGUGAUAAUUACAUUGUAAGGUGUCGGAGAAAUUAAUGGUUUCGUUAUGUGGCCGUUAGUUUGUUUGUUGAUGACGCUAGCUGCCACGAAUAUUCAGCAUGCCUUCGCUCACACAAGCACAGAAAACAUGACUUUAUUCCGGUACUACCCUGUGGUACAGAGUCCUCCAAAGAUAACCUUGGCCCCCAAAAGUCAGAAAGUGGCAGAAGAUGGCACAGCCAGCUUCUUUUGCAAAGCAUCAGGCAACCCAGCUCCAUCAAUUGCCUGGGAGAAGCGAGGGAAGACUAUUGUCUCUCGUCGUACUCGUUACGAAAUUGUAGAUGUACCUCAUAUGUCAGUUUUGCGGAUCAAGCCAGUUCGAGCUGCUCGAGAAGAUGGGUUAUAUACUUGUGUUGCCACCAAUUCUUUAGGAGAAGCUCGCGCAAAUGCAACAUUAUACGUCUAUAAGAAGGAUGAAGUCAAUGGGGGUGGUAAUCCAUGGGUGGUUACAUAUAAAGAGUUCCCAUCAGGCUACCCACGCAUUUUGCUGCAUCCGAAGCUCAAGUCAGUGGAGAAAGGACUCAGCACCAUCAUGCAGUGUGAGGCUGCUGGUGAACCAGACCCCACCAUUAUGUGGCUAAAGGAUUAUGUACCAGUUGAUCUAAGUGACCCACGAAUACAGCUGCUAGAAUCAGGAUACCUUCAAAUUCACAACAGCCAAGAAUCAGAUGAAGCCACCUAUGAGUGUUUGGCAGAGAAUGAACUGGGAGUGGCUUACUCUUAUCCAGCUAUGAUGUAUGUCAAAGUUCGGCGAGUCCCACCAAGAUUUUCCAUUCUGCCAGAGGAUCAGAAUGUGAUGCCAGGAUCCGAUGUGAACCUAACUUGUGUAGCUGUAGGCUCUCCAAUGCCUUUGGUUAAGUGGCGACAAGGAGCAUACGAUUUGACAGAUGAGGAUAAUGUUCCUGUUGGAAAGAAUGUGUUGGAGUUGAAAGAUGUACGAGAAUCCAAAAACUACACAUGUGAAGCCUCUUCUGAUCUUGGCAACAUAGAGCAUGUGGUACAAGUCAUUGUGGAAGCGCCAGGAACACCUCCUCGCAAUAUCCGUGCAAGAGCAGCCAGUUCCACUACCAUAGUAGUAUCAUGGGAUGAACCAGAAAUCCCCAACGGAAUCAUACAGGGAUACAAGGUCUUCUACACUUUGAAACCAGAAGAUCCAGUAUUUUUUUGGGAGCAGCAAGAAGUCAAAAAUGACAAUCGACUCACAACUAUCUCUGGAUUGGAACCAAACCAAACUUACACCAUCUCAAUCUUAGCAUAUUCUUCCAUUGGCCCAGGACCCAUGUCACACCCAAUUCAGGUGCUUACCACACAGGGAGCAGGCUUCCAAGUGCCCUACCAGCCUCUCAACUUACAUGCUGAGGCUAUUUCUCCUAAUGAGAUUGUGGUUAAGUGGGAUGCUCCUCAAGAAGCUGACAGCAUCAUCAGUUAUGAGCUUUACUAUAAUGAUUCACAUACUCGACAGAAUGUGCGCUUUAGCAUACACCCACCUGUCAGCAGCUACCGCUUGGAAGAUCUCACACCUGAUACUGUUUAUCAUAUCCAGGUGUCUGCUAAGUCUUCACGUGGGGAAGGACCCCGCACACCUACUGUACAGGUCAAGACCCAUGCAUUCGUCCCUGAGGCACCUCCACAGGAUGUAAGCGGCAGGCCAAUAGAUGAGCACCAAAUCAAGGUGUCAUGGAAACCACCCAUUGCAAACAAACAGAAUGGUGCCCUUGCAGGAUAUAAGAUCUAUUUCGUGGCAAAUGAAGCAGGUAAAACAGACAAUGAUGCCAUCAUGAAAAAUGUUGACUCAAGCUCACUGUCCAGCAUACUGGAUGGACUUUCAACUUGGACGGAGUAUAAAAUAUGGGUGGUGGCCUACACAGCAGUGGGUGAUGGACCAGCCUCCCCACCUAUCGUGGUACAGACAGAUGAGGAUGUCCCAGGUGAACCUCGUAAGGUGAAAGUGGAGGCAAUCAACUCUACAGGAAUCUUUGUGGAGUGGACAGAACCAAAAGAGCCUAAUGGCAAAAUCCGUGGCUACCAAGUUUACUACAUUGAGGUCAACAGCAAUGAUGAACCAAUCCCUGGCCGUGCUGAACGCUAUCAUGAUACUUUCAGUGGUAGUACAAAAGAAGCGGUUAUUACAGGACUAGAUCCUGACACUCGCUACCUCAUUCAGGUAGCAGGAUACACUCGCAAAGGUGAUGGUAUGCGCAGCAACCCUCGAAUCAUCACCACCAAGGGGGCAGUGCCUACUCCACCUCGAAAUCUUCAUGUCAAUCUCAUACAAGAAGACCCACCCAGUGUUAAGGUUACAUGGCAGCGCCCACGAGAUACAUAUGGGUCACUGGAGAACUAUAAGAUCAUCUGGGGCCCUCAAGGAGAACGCUAUGAAGAAAAAAUCAUGUCUGCUGAUGUUUAUUCAUAUGUCACAAGUACUUUGGAUCGUGGCACCACUUAUGAAUUUCGAGUCUCUGCUAAGAAUAAUGUGGAUUAUGGCGAAAGAGCUGUUGACACCAUUAGAACACCAGAUGGGGCACCAUCUGGUGCACCUCAGAACUUCACUGCCACAGGCCUCACAGAAACAAGCGUGCGACUCACCUGGGACUUGCCAGCACGCAACCUGCGGAAUGGAGAUAUCGUUAUGUACCAGAUCACCUACCACAAGCUUGCAGAUGCUAUCAAUGAGGAGGACCUUAAUAUAACAGAUACUUUUGUUGAUAUUGUUGGCCUUGAAAUGGACACUGAUUACAUUUUCAAGAUAAAGGCCUACACUAGUCGUGGUGCUGGUCCCUGGAGUAAUAGACUUCACUUUCGUACCUUUGGCCGCAUGCCACCUCCACCACAGAAUGUCAAAGUACGACGCACAUCUAGUACCUCCAUUGAGGUAACUUGGGAUGAGCCCAACUUUCCUGUUGCUGGGUACAAGAUCUACUAUAACAUGUUUGCAACACCAGCCAUGUAUGUUUGGCAGCAAAUGGAAACUGGUCCAUACACCGUAGCUGACAUUGGUGGUCUAGAGCCACAUACUGUUUAUGCUGUUAGGGUGCAAGCAAAGUCAGUGGAUGGUAGAUUUGGCAAUCUCUCAGAAACUGUCACCACCGAUGUAAAAGAAGUCCAACGGGACAAUGUGGUGCAGAACUUUCAUGUCACUCAGCGCCUAACUAAUUUGGUCAGACUUUCCUGGUCUCCUUCUGAGAAACCUGGAGUCAACAUAUAUUUGCUGAAGUAUAGUGGUGUCAAGACAUACCGGGAAAAUGGGCAGGUCAAACAGAUCAAUCAAGAUCCACAAGAAGUUCGCAUCCCAGGGCAAAUGACUUCGUGGACUGUUAAAAAUCUUCAGCCUAAGAUGAAAUUUGAGUUUAACAUUAGUGUCAUCUUUCAGGAUGGAGAGACUGGACCUGAUGUGCACAUAACUACAGAGACAUUAAUAAAUGCACCACCUUAUGUUGAAGCACCUGUGGUUAGUGCAGUGGAAGGUGGGACCAUUGUCUUAAAACUAGAGCGUGCCUCAGAGAAGAACGGUCCCAUCAGCCACUACCAUAUUGUGGUGGUUCCUCUCAAAUCUGGCAGUGUCAACAAGAUGCCUUCAGACUUUACAAUGGAUGAUCUGAUUUAUGAUAAUAUGGGCAUGGAUAAGCCAGCAUCACGACCUUACAUUGCUGCACGAUUUGAGGCACAGGCUCUUCCACCACAGUUCUACCUUGGCAAUGGACAAGAGUAUGGUGCCUUUGUCAACCGCCCCUUAGACAAAGAUGACAAGUAUCGUGUCUUUCUGCGUGCCUACUCUGUUGACCCAAGACUUUACAAAUCCAGUGACUACUCAGAUGAAAUAGACAUUUCGGGUGUUUCUGGAAGCAGUAAUGUUCGUACGACAUCAACUGCUGGUUCAAAUGGGAGUGGCAAGGUUUCUACUCUACCUCGAGGUCAAGAAGUGCAGGAUUUUGAUGAAAAAGAUAUGCUUUUGACUAUUGUGGCUCCUACAUGUAGUGGUGCAGUUCUCAUCAUUUGCAUCUGUGCUGCUAUUACUUAUUUGAUGAUGCGCCGUAAGAAUAAAUCUAAGUCUGUUAUGAUGGAGCCAGAAGCAAAGGCCCUGAUGGUGGAUGUACCCCCUUACCUUGUUGACCCUGUUGAGAUGCGACGCCAGCAUUACCAAACACCAGCUAUGAUCAGCCAUCCACCCAUCCCAAUUGAACGCCUUGGAGAACAUAUAGAGAUGUUAAAGGCUGCUGACAAUCUCAAGUUCUCCCAAGAAUACGAGUCCAUUGAGCCUGGGCAGCAGUUCACCUGGGACAAUUCCAACUUAGAGGUCAACAAACCCAAGAACCGCUAUGCCAAUGUUAUUGCUUAUGACCACUCUCGUGUUAUUCUUCAACCAAUUGAUGGCGUACCAGGCAGUGAUUAUAUCAAUGCAAAUUACAUGGAUGGUUACCGCAAACAAAAUGCAUACAUUGCUACUCAGGGACCUUUACCUGAAACAUUUGGAGAUUUCUGGCGCAUGGUGUGGGAACAACGAUCAGCAACAGUGGUUAUGAUGACCAAGCUAGAGGAGCGUUCUCGAAUCAAGUGUGACCAGUACUGGCCAUCACGUGGGGCAGAGACCUAUGGCCUGAUGCAUGUGCAGCUUGUGGAGGUGACAGAAUUGGCAACAUACACUAUUCGCACCUUUCAUCUGUCCCGGUAUGGAUGCCCAGAAAAGCGAGAAGUCCGACAGUUUCAAUUUACUGCCUGGCCAGAUCAUGGAGUGCCAGAUCAUCCCACGCCACUUCUUAUGUUCAUGCGAAGGGUUAAGGUCAGCAAUCCACCCGACACUGGUUCAAUGAUUGUCCACUGCAGUGCUGGUGUUGGGCGCACAGGUGCUUUCAUUGUCAUUGAUGCCAUGUUAGAGCGUAUCAAGCAUGAAAAAACCGUAGAUAUCUAUGGCCAUGUAACAUGUCUUCGGGCACAACGCAACUACAUGGUACAGACAGAAGAUCAGUACAUCUUCAUCCAUGAUGCUUUGCUGGAAGCAGUGCAAUGUGGUAACACUGAGGUCCCUGCCCGCAAUCUGGCAGCUCACAUUCAAAAACUUACUCAGCCUGAACCUGGAGAAACAGUGACAGGCAUGGAGCUUGAAUUCAAGCGCCUGGCCAAUGUAAAGGCUAGCCCUAAUAGGUUCAUCAGUGCCAACCUGCCUGUAAACAAGUUUAAGAACCGACUUGUGAAUAUUCUGCCCUAUGAGUCAACAAGAGUGUGUCUACAACCUAUACGAGGUGUUGAUGGUUCUGACUACAUCAAUGCCAGCUUUAUAGAUGGUUAUAGAUACAAGAAGGCAUAUGUAGCUACACAGGGACCAUUAGCUGAAACAACAGAAGAUUUUUGGCGCAUGUUGUGGGAGCACAACUCCACCAUCAUUGUCAUGCUUACCAAGCUUCGCGAAAUGGGGAGAGAGAAGUGUCACCAGUACUGGCCAAGUGAGCGAUCAGCACGUUACCAGUACUUUGUUGUGGACCCUAUGACUGAGUACAAUAUGCCCCAAUAUAUACUGCGUGAGUUCAAGGUUACAGAUGCCAGGGAUGGCCAGUCUCGCACUAUUCGUCAGUUCCAGUUCACAGAUUGGCCUGAACAGGGUGUGCCAAAGUCUGGUGAAGGCUUUAUCGACUUCAUUGGUCAGGUUCACAAGACCAAAGAACAAUUUGGCCAGGAGGGGCCAAUUACUGUGCACUGCAGUGCUGGUGUGGGGCGGACUGGGGUCUUCAUCACACUUUCCAUUGUCUUGGAGCGUAUGCGUUAUGAAGGAGUUGUGGACAUGUUCCAGACUGUUAAGAUGCUACGCACCCAGCGUCCAGCAAUGGUCCAGACGGAGGAUCAGUUCCAGUUCUGUUACCGUGCUGCUUUGGAGUACCUGGGCUCCUUUGAUCACUAUGCAAACUGAGACAGCAGUGCUGUGAAUGCUGGUGUCUGCCAGUUCUUGGGCUUCACCAGAGGAUUCGAGCCCAUCAUCAGACACUGGAAUCUUUCUUCACAUGGUGAUCAAGAGUGUGAACAAAAUGGAAAUGUGUUGAUCUCCUCUCCACUCAGGUUAUGAACAACAGCCUACAGACUGUGGAGAAACUAGAGCCACAGAUGGCAGCAGAAGAAUGAGGACUGUUUAGGGAGAGAUAAUGUGUGUGACUGUUGAGAAUGGCUUGCCCUUGGUACAAAGCUGCAGACAGCCAGGAGGCUGCAAGUUGGGUGGGUUGGGGAGGGAGGGAUCUAGACAGGUUGCUGUCUGCAUAAACCAGAGUGCACGAUGGCUUCCAUUGAAACCUGGUGGUGCUGCCAAGGUCUGAUGAGUGCUUUUGCCCACCAGAGUACAUUGACUCCACUUUUGAGGAGACUCAUCUUACACCAUCUUCAUUGACGGCAUCCCCAUCUGGAUUUGGGCCGUUGCUCAGGAGCCUACAGUGGUCACAUCUGACUUUGUUGUCUGUGUUGUCCAGUUUUACUUUGGUGCUUUAUGCUGCUACACCAUCUCCAUACAUGCAGUGACUAUCACUUUCACCACAUACUAGGCACACUCCAUGUGCAGUGUGUUGAGGUACUUCAGCACAGAUUCUUGGAGGAUUUGGGUUUGUGUACGCAAGAUGAGAAGAAAAUUGUGCAGAAAUUGGCAUGUUCCAAUUUAUGUUUAAUGUAAGAACAACUGGGAAAGCAGUUACUAUAGUUACCAAUAUGAGUUCUGUUUCUGUCAGUGACAGCACUAGCACAACCCACCAAUCCAGGAAAUAGUGAUGGUCUUGUAGAAUAUAGUUCAGCUACAUGUAGACUAUGACUUUGACAGGAGUCUGUAUAUAUAUAUAUCCCUAACUGUACAAAAAUGAAACAGAAUACAAGUCAAGAUAAACAUUUCCUCAUUUAUGUGCUUUUAUCUUUCAAACUGUACAGCAUUUUCAGUGUUGUGGCUCUAAGUGAUGAAUGUUAUGUCUAGCUGAAUUCUGUCCCAUACCUUAUGUUCAGAUCAGUUGGUGCAGGCUUUUAAAGAAUACAUUCACAAAAUAGAACAAGUUGCAGCAGUGGUGUAUUAAGGUGAAAGUACUACACCUUGCUGGUGUACUUGCUACACCAUGCUGGUGUACUAAAGUGGUUGUGCUACAAAUUCACUGCCUUCUUCCCCCAUCCUCAUUGCCAUAACAUACCAAGUCUUAGGAGGGAGGUGAUGUUGUUAGCUGCCCCUUGCCAGCAUGCCUUUCAGAUGUACCACCAUCCUUUUCCUUAAAAUUCUUGUUCCACCCUGUCCUGCAUUCAGCAUAUGGACCAGCAACACAUUACAAUUGCUAGAGACUACAGUUACUGGGGGCAGCAUGGCUGGUGGAGUCAGACUAGGGAUAGCCUCUAUAUUAUCAGCAGGCAUUGUCAGCAUAAGCCUGGCUUGUCCGACAUACCACUUACAGCAGUCUUCAACUCCAAAAUGUACCCACUAGAGUAUGUAUUUGAGCAGAAACAUGCACAUAUACACUGAGCUACUGCUCCAGUAAGAGGAAAUAACUUCAUUAUGUUGGUGUGAAUGGGGGAAAUGAAGGCUAUGCAUAUUUAAAUUACAUCAUUUUAUUGUAUAGUUUAGUAGUUUGAAGACUGUAUGCGGGUCAUGUCGCACUAUCAUCGGAACUGGUUUCCUAGAGGACAACUUUUUUUUUUUUUUUCUAGAAAUAAAACUGUAAUCAUGUUUGUAGACCAUUUUUAUUUUCAUGUUUUUUAAAAUCAUAUUGUCAAGCAGAUUACAUCACUUACAUUUUAUUCUCCAUUGUAGUCGGAUGUUGGUGCCAGUGUACACAGGAUGUUUUGUAUGUCAACUAUGUUAACAGUGGGGUCAUUACAAGAGAGUAUUGUUAAGUGACCAGCAGCAAGCAGCCAAGCCCACUAUGAAAAGACAUAGAUGGCAAAUAUGAGAUGAAAGAGACCAUGUCUUCUCACGGUGGAAUGUUGCAACAAGUAUUUUGUGGUCAUCAGCUAUUGCUGGGCAUGUUCCUAGCUCAUAUGGCCAUAUGUAUAUGAACACCUGUAAUAGUCAAGGAAUGAGUUGUGACUGACAGUGUGCAUGUCUCAUGUCAAGUUGACAGUAUUAGAUCUGAGACCGAUCCUUGAUCAAGAAGACUAGUAUAAGUGUAAUUUGUAGGUUAGUCUAUCUACAAGUAUAAGAAGAUUGGAUGGUGUGUAUCUGUGAACACACAUGACAAGUUGGGUCACCUAGUUCCUUACUUUGCCACCUUUCAGAUUCCUGUAGUUUAUCAUUGUUUGAAGUGACUGCAGUGGCCACCAUGUCUUCACAGUGUUUUGAACAUGCCCUUGCCACUCUGCCGUCUUUGUCUUCUGGCAACAUCAUUCUUGUGCAGCAGUUUCUGGAACCUGCAAGCAUGAGAUGGUGAUUUUUCUAAUUAAAGGUCUGCUUUGCCUGCUGAAAAUUGUGGGCUUGUUUGCAACGGACUGGAAAUAACUGGAAACACAUUUGGUAGGUUUUUUUUUUUUCAAGUAGUGUUUGCUGCAAGACUACCGGCAUGCAGCAGGGCAGCCUUUUUUUACUGGCAGAUUACUUGCUCAUCUUGUGAAUGCAGACCCAGAAGCAAGGAGAGUUUAGGAGGCUGUAAGCAGCACAUUACCUCACAACUCAGUUCUUGUUCUUCAAAGCAGCCACAUGCCCUGCUAAAGUCAAGGAAGGGGUCUGCAGAUGUGACAUCUGUGUGAAAUCUAUUUUCUGGCCUCUACCUUUCUUUCCACUCUCUGUAGUCCUAGACCAGUAUUCCCUACUGGGAAGAAAUUGCAUCAUUCCUAGUUCACUUUCAGCAUAGAUGUGCUUAUUUUGUAAACACAAGACACAGUUUGUGUAUUUGCAGAUAGUAUGGCCAAGCUAGAAGUAAUUUGUAGACUGAUAAUCAAACCUCGACUUUUGUUGUCAUGUUUUUGGCAGGAAGUUGGCAUCUGCAUGUAUGCUAAAAGUGAAUGAUGUUAAACCAAUAAGGGUCAGUAAUAUUUUCAUUUAUUGUUUCUGAAUUCUGUCUGCAAAUUCUGACUGUACAUACUGAUGUAGAUACCUUGCAUUGAUUGUUUCAUCUCUCUGGCUUUGUACAACUGCAUUUGUACUUUAUGUGAUGCUUCAGACAACAAGAUCAGAUCUAUACCCACAUUUCGUUGCAUGUCAUUCAGUGAAUUUUUGUAUACAUUUUUUUUUUAUUAUGAUAUCACAUCGGCAAAUAAAGGAUCAAUGCCAAAACCUUGUAAA